AUGACUGAUUCUCCUACCUACAACUUUACUGUUCGUAAAGUAGGAAGCUGUAAUUUGACACUUUGGGAAAAUUCUCCUGUUCUUGAUCAAUUGGAUCAAUUAAAUGGUGCAAUACAUAAUUGGCCAAAGGUUAACAUAACUAAUGUUAAGAGAUGGAUGGCUUAUGUCAAGUGUGACGCACCUCUUAUGCUGAAAAACAUAACCGAGUUGGACACUAGUGAAGCAGUAAUACUCCCAUACGAUUAUGCUUUGUGUAAAUAUUACCUGGCUCAUGCGGAGGAUCUCCACGUUCCAAUAUUCGUAGGAACGAGUGAAAGUUGUAAUGAGUUGAUGGUGAAUGAUGGAUUUUAUGGUACAAUCAGUCCUAUUAUUACAACAGCUCCUACAACAAUUCCUCCCACCGUCACUGAUACUACUAAUGAUGAAAAUAAAAAAGUGAUGGAUACCUAUAAGACUGCUAUGAUAAUCUUAUACGCAAUAUCUGGUGUAGUAUUAGGCAUAUUCUUUUUGGUGAUAAUCACAAAUCUUGUUAGAAACAGAUCUGCUUCAUCUCGUCCAUUAGCAAGAAGGUCUCGCGACAUUGAUGGAAAUAACGAUAAUAAUGAACCUGGAAUUACAAAAUCUGUUUUGGAUAGUUUUCCUGUUUAUUUAUUCUCUUUAAGAGGCAAUAAUAACGAUAAUAAUAAUGACCUUGAAAAAAAUAAAUCUAAAGCAAUCGAUAAAUUAGAUACAAUAAAUGAUUCUACUCCGGUUAUUAGUCGUCAAGCUGAUCAAAAUUCAGAAAAAUUUACUAAAACCGAUAAUGACACUAACAACGAUAAUAAAGAUGUUAUUAAUAUCAAGAUAGAUACAUUACAAGAACCUAAAGCUGCAAUUUUAAAAGAAAAUAAAUCUAUAGUUCCACCUGCUAUAUUAGCAUCAAAUAAUAUAACUGAUGCACAAUUAACUUGCCCAAUUUGUUUGGGAGAUUUUGAACAAGGCGAAAAAUUAAGAAUCUUACCUUGUCAUCAUCAAUACCACAUAUCUUGUAUUGAUCCUUGGCUUUUAGAUGUAUCAUCAUUAUGUCCAAUGUGUAAAGCUGAUUGCACGACUUGGAAUAUUGAUGAAAGUAAUAAUGAAGACUCAAAAACACCAACUACAAUUAUCACUACUACAAAUUCUUCUACUUCUUCACCUAUUGAAUCCAGAAAUAAUGAUCAUGGUGCUUUCCCUCACUUCAGAUGGGUAAAAUAUCUUGCAUCUAUUCGUAAAGAAGGACUAGCAAUAAUAGUUAGAGUAUUGGAUGGAAUAGAUGGAAUCACCUUUUAUGUUUAUACUAUUGUUAUUAUUAUACUUGUUUCUUUGUAA